UUUUAUAAAAAAGAUAACUAAAUUAAAAUAAAUAUUUUUAAAAAAGAAUCAAUUAAAAUAAAACGGAGUAGCAACGUAAAAUAGGUUAGAAAGAACUAUUUCCAAUACGUUUUUCCCACGUAUCUUCUCUUAUGGACUCCCCGAUGAUGGAGUCUUCAUCCCUCCAACUCGAUAAUACUAUUACAAACAUACCAUCACCCCUAAUUCCUCCUUCGUACUGCGAUAUCACUACUAAUAAGCUCCUGACAAAUCCAAUUCUAGUCGAAGACUCAUCGACUGAUCCUCCUCCUCGUGAUCUGGACGAUUCCAUCUCCUCUAUACACCUUGGCAACGCUCGAUUAUUGUCAAGGCCUUUGGUUCUAAAUUUACCCACCAAUACUUGAAAACAAAGUUAGAUACCCUAUGGCGGCUGCCCGAACCCCUUUGUCAGAUAGACCGUGGUUUCGAUUUUUAUGCUGUUAAAUUAAAAGAUCCAGCAAGCUAAGCGAAAAUUUUGCAAGACGGCCCCUGGUUUAUUGCUGGCAGCUUCCUCUCGAUUCAAAAAGAGGAACCAAACUUUGUCCCUAGCGAUUUCAAGAUUGACUCCAUCGUCAUUUGGGUACGCUUGCCACAUCUGUCCACUGAAUUUUACGAUCUGAAUAUUCUGGAAAGAGUUGGUCGAAAACUCAAAAAGUUCUUGAAGGUGGACGCAUGCACUUCUGCCACGGUAUGAGGACGUUAUGACUGCAUCUGUGUUUAGAUCGAACUAGGUAGCCUAGUCAAACCCUUCGCGAUAAUCGAAAAUCACAAACAAUGUCUGGUUUACGAAGGAGAAAAAAUUCUCUGCAAAUCGUGUGACCACCUUGGCCACACAACCCAAAUCUGUGUGAAGAAACAAGAACCCCAACUACAUAUUCCUCCGACCCUCAGAUCUCCUCAAGUGAAUCAGAACACAGACUAGAACUCCGAUGAAUGGCAUAUAGUUUCUUUCACUAGGAAGAAGAAAAGUCCACCUCAUGUAACAUCGGCAGCGAAUCACCCCAAAGUAGCCAACAUGAAUCACUCCGGCUUCAGGUAUGUCCCCUUCCCCCUCCACGUCUAUGGCUGCUCUAGCCGUCCCACUCUCGAGGAACGACAGAUCUUGCAAGCUAGGGAUUCCGCCCAAAAUUGGGCCCCAGCGGGUCGACUCAGCUCCUAGGUCGGCCUCAUUUGUUCCAAAAGCCCUAUCGGACCCAAUGGAUGCUCAACUGAUAACUACCAGCUCUGUUGGUCCUGGUGGAUCUAGGUCUCAUCAAAAGAAAUCCAAUAUGCCGGCUUGGACUUUAGUAAUACAACAUGACUUGCGGAUCCAUUCUAUUAUGUGUCAAACACUCUUGAUUGUUCAGAUAAGAGUUUUCUGCUGCACAAUCAAGUUUAGAUCAUUUCUUUACACUGGGGGAAAAGUCUCACUGGUACUGGUCAUAGAUGUUCUUGUUGAUACAAAUGUGAAGAUCAAAUAUCAGAUGGGUGGAAGCUGUAUUGAAGUUUUGAUGUUAUAACUAGAUUUAUGCUCAUUUAGUCCCUUCACAAUACCUUUUUUGGUGUAUCCGAUGACAGGUUGAUAUGUGGAUUUGCUCCUCCUUGAAUCA